GUAUAGAGUUUUGGGGAGUGCAUAUAAUCAACAUAUUAUCCAAGGUGCUUAGAUAUUGAUCCUGUAUUUCGAGGUAGUUCAAAUUCACCUCUGCUGGUCAUUCCGGGUCUGACCUUAAUUUUUUUUUAUUUCCCCGAGCUUGGUGGAGAAUAAUUCACGCGUAAAAAUGCCGAAGAGAAAGUCCCCCGAGGGUCCUGAGGGAAAGGAGGCCUCCAAAGUCACAAAACAGGAGCCAACCAGAAGGUCAGAGAGAUUGUCGGCGAAACCUGCUCCACCCAAGCCCGAGGCCGCCAAGCCCAAGAAGCCCAUCGUCAAGGUGGCUGAUGAUAAGGGGGCAAAGGCAAAGAAAGGCGGCGCCAAGGGGAAGAAGGACGACGGUCCUGCCCAGAACGGAGAGACCAAGACCAAUGAGAUCUAUGUGUCUCGUCCGUCUGUCAGCGUGUCCUCCAUCCGAAGCAUGGCUCCCUCCAUGAUGUCAGUGAGAGGGCAGAGUGUGACAGUCAGAGUUAAGGGAAACUGAAGCAGCGGAGGAGGCGACUGAGGAGAAGGCGUAAAGACUCGGGCGUGACUCGUCCCCUCUGACUCCAUGGCAGCAAAAGCAUCUUUUUUUACUGACGAUUUUUGUACCAUGCUGAAUUUUUUUUAGACUUGUGAUAGUAGAGACGGACAACCAGCAGCCCCCCCCAUCCAUACCUCCACACUCCUUCCACCCCUCGUUUUUUGCUCCCAUCUCCUCCCUCCUCCAUUUCUGUAUACAGUGAAUCCUCUUAGAAGCAGAAAAGGCCGAAUGAAGCGGUUCCAUCAGAAGGUUGCAGAUGUUCUUUGUUUUGCCUGAAGGGGGCCGUAAACGUGACUGUUAUGAUCUUUAAACCAGCUCUGCCUUUGUUUCUAGAUAUUCUCCAUAAAAGAUGAUCGUUAUUAUUGGCCUUGUAAUGAGGACACGUUCCAAUUUUACCCCCCUAACGGUUAAGGUGAAGGUUUGUGGGCAAAAGUUUGGACGCAGAGCUACGAGAAUCCGGUUCCACAGUCGCCCUGGGGAACAUCUGCAGCUUUUAAAAAAUCUUUGUUGUUAGAAUCACCCACCACUGUGUUCCACAUAGCUCCUUUUGUACGUGUGUGCCGGAGUGAAUGUGUUUGUGGGUCUCUGUGUUUGACUUUGUUUCCCCCACUUCUUUCUUUUUCUUUUUUCUUUCCCCUCCCCUCCUGAUCGCCUUGUCCUGCAGCAGAGUGACAUAGCAAUAAUGAGUGGUGCUUCUGUUCUAGACGGCUCUAUUGGCUUUGGACCCUCUGGGCUUCUCUGAGUUUCAUCCUGUUGGGAGAAUAUUUUGAAAUAAAAGAAAAAGUUGAUGUCA